CAGAAGCAGGUCUCGAGCUCAUCCUCCAGUUGACUUCCUCGGUGUGUCGGCGGCAUGGCGGCGGCUGCUGCAUACCAGCACAGCGCUGGGAUAACCGCCGCCGGUAGCGGCAAAAAGACGCAUAGUAACCGGGAAUACAGUCGGAGGAACCGGGAGAACUCACGCCGGAGACAAGCCGCUCUUUUAUUUCUUAGUAACAUCUCUUUGGACGGACGGCCAGUCGAGAGUAAUCCGGCAGAUCAAGUAGGAAGCCGCCACCACAAAGACGCCGACUUGGAGGAAGCAGCGGCCGAGCUGUGUCCGGAGCUCGGUAACCCUGGACGCUACGGGACAUUCUCCGGUUUGGCAGCGGCCGUGAGCUGCGGGAACGUUAAUCCCUCCCCGGGACCGAGGAUGGGUCUCCUCAACAUACCGCCUAUCCUCGUCCUGCCGUCAGACACGGGCUUCAACGACGUGGGAAGCGCAGAGGCGCUGCUGGACUGCCGCAUAGACUCGUUCCCGUCGCCGGGGAACAGUAACCUGCUCUCGCCGUCCCCGUCCAACGCCAGCAUGCUGCCGUCGCCACUGGGACCGCGGAAGUCUUCCACGCUGCUGUCGGUUCAGAGCUGCAACUCGGUGUCCUCGGAGCCGCGCCAAAGGACUCGUAACCUCUCUGGUGGCUCUCCGAAACCUCGACACGCCAAGAAGACCCACUUCAUCAAAAACAUGAAACAAUACGACACAAGAGGCAGCAGGAUCGUGCUGAUCUGUGCGAAGAGAUCUCUGUGCGCUGCCUUCUCUGUUCUGCCCUACGGAGAAAGCUUUUACCUCAGUGACCCCACGUUAAACCACCCCAGAAGGAGGCACUCGUCUGGGAACAUCUCUACCACCCUGGAGAUGCUACCAGGGCUGGAGGGUUUUCAACUGGACAUCUACGGCAGGUCUGUGUCGUACGCCCAGUUCCUGUACCCUACUAACGCCCUGGUGAGGCAGAAGCUGUCGUCAACCUGCGACCUGACGCUACAGAUUCCAGUUUCAAGGAGCACACACAGCAUGCCGGGCAGGAGCUGCCCACCCAGCAGACUAAACAGCACCGUGGGACUGGACCUGGGUCUUGAAGAUGUGACGGACUACGACCCUAACCUCCUCAGUGACCCCCAGUGGCCUUGUGGGAAACACAAACGGGUGCUGAUCUUCGCCUCCUACAUGACGACAGUAAUAGAAUACGUCAAACCGUCUGAUCUGAAGAAAGACAUGAACGAGACGUUUAAGGAGAAGUAUCCUCACAUUAAACUCACUCUCAGCAAGAUACGCAGUCUGAAGAGAGAGAUGAGAGUAGUCGGGGAAGAUUGCGGCAUGCAGCCCGUCACCAUCGCCAUGGCGUUCGUCUACUUUGAGAAGUUGGUGCUGCAGGGUCGACUCAAUAAACAGAACAGGAAGUUGGUGUCAGCUGCCUGCAUCCUACUGGCUGCUAAGAUCAGCAGUGACCUCAAGAAACAGGAAGUCAAACACCUCAUCGAUAAGCUGGAGGAGCGUUUCAGGAUCAGCAGGAGGGAGCUGAUAUCGUUUGAGUUCACCAUCCUGGUGGCCCUGGAGAUGGCGCUCUACCUACCUGAAAGCAAAGUCAUGCCACAUUACAGAAAGCUGGUGCAGCUGCAGCAGUCAAAGCAGUGACGCACUGAUCCCUAACUCUAGGGACUCUCAGCAAUUUCCACCUCCACACUAUGAUGAACGGGUACGUGUGAUGCCUGGCUCAGAGGUACUAAGUGCCACCACCUCUCACAGUUCAUCCGCACCGUGACGGUGGUGCGACAGCUCAAAUGACCUUCUCUCCUUCCUCAAACACCAAAGUGACGACACACUGUGAUCGAUGAUUCAGCAGCUGGACUGAUGCUCGGCUCGGCAGCACCGCGAGAAUCACUGAUGGUCAGAUUCAUCAUAAAGCUCAAAAUCAUGCGUUUCUUAAAGGAAGUUUAGUUUUUUUGGUGUACGGUUUUCCUCACCAUCUUCUUUGAAGAGAUUUUAGUAACUCUGCUGAACGCAGCUCUCUAAGGAUUGCUGGUUGAAACCAGUACGGCAGAUUUCUUUAUCAUUUUGGUUGAAUCUGAAUUUAUGUGGAACGUUUGUGAGGCUGUGUUAAACAGUUUUGAGUAAUCCAUUCUGAAAUCUCUGCAUAUGAGAAUGUGAGUAACUAUUGAUCAACAAAAUCCAAAAGUUUCCUUCCCUUCAGGAUAGCUUCACAAUUUUUCAAAUCGUUUUAUUUAGUUACAAGCUAAAUCUAAUCAUAAGUGGCAUUUACAAAUACAUUUUCACAUCCGAUCAAAAUAUUGCCAUAGCGUUUCCAAAAUGACAAUUUCCUAAUUCUUUGACAACUUUAGAGUUGACUGUUUGAAACACAGUGGGCCAAAGACACUGAGACUGUGAUCAUGAAGAAAUUGGCGAUAGAGGCUAAAAAUACCCCUUCUUAAUUUGUUUAAAAACAAAAAGUAUUGUACAUUUGCCAAUCAUUGCAUUUCAAAGCAUCUUAAAUCAAUAGUCCUGAGAGUUUCCCAACAUUUACUUACUGCAUAAUGUUUUGUUGUGAAAUUAAAUUGAAGGCGUUAAAUUCAUGUCACGGGAGGAAAUUGAUUAAGCACUUUGGUGACUGUCGUUCCCACGAGUACUUCCUUCUAUCUUGUCCUCUCGUUACACUGGGUUCUCUGGCAUUAACGGCAUUGCGUCAGCACUUUUCUGUGUGCAGUCCCGAUGUUGCAUCUUUCGUUCUCUCUGAACGUCCAGCCGGAUUUCUUCUGAAUUAUCAGCAUGAUUCUGCUUGUUUUUUUAAGAUGUUUACACAACCGCUCCACCCUUCCUCACUGCUCUGAUCAUACUUUCAUUUAUCGAGGGGUAUGUUCACAUGAGCCCGCUUUACUGUAACACAUAUUUAGAUGUUUAAGUGCCUUGCCUAAGGGCACCUGAAUUUCAGUUGUUCCUAUUUUAUCUGUCCCCGGAUCCAGGGAUUCAAACGGGCAACUUCUUCACCUCUUCUGUAUUUUGACCUCUGUCUUGCUCUGACGUUGUCAUCCCUCCACCAGCAGACCGCUGCUCACUCUGGUGGUCACAGAGAAGCAGUGCGUCUUCAGAAAAGUGCUGUGGCGAUGAGAAAAAGCAUUCAAAUCCCACUGAAACCGAUGAAGCCGUCACUGUCGUUGUCUCUGCUGCAGCGAAACAUGACUGAUUACACAAAUGAGUUUCCUCCUGUCCUGUUUGAUUCUGUGAGGUCAUGUGACCACAGUGUCCCUUUGCAAGUGUCUGUGAUGGGUUCCAUUUCCAGGCUUCUUCAGAUGCAACCUGAAAGAUGCCUUUUGGUUUUGGGGAGGCAAAGUGAUGGAAAUCAUAUUUGAUACUAUGUUGAAUCUUGAACAUAACUUGGUUUUCAAGAAAGAAAAAAAACAUGAAUCGUGCUUUAUUUUUACCCAAAUUCACAGAUUCCAGCACCUCAAAUAUGAACGUUUGCUGGUUUUCUGUUUCUUGUUCUGACAAAACUGUUUGAUUGGGCUCUGAGAAAUGGUGGUUUUUCACUUUUCUUUUCUGACUGUUUAAUCAAUUAUUUGAGAGAAUAAAUUACGGAUAGAGGCUAUGAAACAUGUGUGAAAAGCCCUGAAACAAACACACCAGCUCACUCAAAGUACUACAGGCCUGUAAUGACUUAUAUUAUUAUUAUUAUCAUUAUUAUUAUUAUUGUUGUUAUGUUUUUGGCACAGUUUUUUGGAGGGAACUUGCUGUAGCUACAGACUUCCUGAAUCAGACUACCUUAGAAAAGUCAUUAUUUAUUCUGUUAUUUAUUAUUUUACUGUAUCAUAAAGGGACACAUAUUUAACUAGAGGCCUCCAACAGGUUGUUUGGGCCUGUUUUGCCUCCAUGUCGCAAAACCAAAGUGAGUAUUUUCUUUUAGUAGUAGUCACCAUCUUUUACAGACGACAGCACAAACGCUUCCUGUCGGGCCUCUGUUGUCUUUGCACUUUGCCAUUUUGCUUCACAAUCCUGACUCUUGAUUUCAUAAGGAUAAUCAUAUUUUUCUACAUUAAAUGUGUAAAGUAUUUUUAUUGUAUAUUGAAAGCUGAACGAUUCACUGAGAUGUAUUUAUUGCUAAUAAUCCCCGAGAGGAAGAAUCAUGUUUACAAUAAAACAGCCGAUAAUUCAACCGGAAACAAUGUUCUGGUUUUGAAAUAUUAUUCUUCAUCUUGAGGUUUCACUUCAAUGGUCUUCCACUGAUGUUGUUUUCUCUUGUGUGUCAAAAUCACUUUGUUGUUUUUUGGAGUGUUGGAUCAGCUGUCGACCAAAAGCAGAGUCGAUGGGUGCUGGCAUGGUGUCCUGUUUGAAGUUGUCUUCUUGCAUAACGCUGGGAUUCAAGUAGUUUUGGUUAUUUCAAACAAAUCAUGUUCUUAUCCUCUGAUUGGGCCAAUCUGCAGUGGGAAGAGGGAAUGAGUUUCAUGAGCUUGAAUUAGCCAAUAUAGGCUGUACCGAAUAGUUCGAAGCAUCAUUCGUUACGUUGACGUUCACAUUUUAAAUCAAUAUUUGAAUGCUGGACAGCUUCUUUUUUUGUGUGUAUUUAUUAUGUUGAAACGUGUAUUUCUGCACAGUUGCAGUUAAAUAUGAGGCUACUCGGUGUUUCCACUGAUUCUGCAGCAAAGUAUGAGCGCCGCUGCUCAUCGUAUCCUCUGCUAUCGCAGGCAAGAAAGUUGAUGUAAUGAAAGAAAAAUACUACCAUUUAAUCUGAUGGAUACCCUUUAUUCAAAUUGAGGAAUUUGUAUUUUAUUUUGGGGUGAUGACAUGAAAAUAUGAGACAUACAGACAUACAACUCAUUCUAAAAUCUAAAAUUUCAAUAGAAGCUUAAAAUGUGACCAUGUGGUCAUGGGUUCAGGUUUCAAAUUUGGUAAACCGGUGGUGAUAUUGAUAUUGUUUUUUUACUGUCAAAAUAUUCCAUGAAAAAGUCAAAAUCAACUGUGUUGUUUUGUUGUCUGUUUCUCAAAACUUGACUUACCUCCUUAAUCUAUAGCGCAUCUAUAACCAAAAGCACAUUGGUUCCGACUGAAGAUAUAUAUAUUUUUUUACAAUACAUGCAUUUCCUUUAAAAAAAAAAAAUCCCUAAUUUCUGGACAAAAUGCUACUCAAACUGCAGUAAAUGGGGCAUUUGUUGGACUAUUUUCAUUGGUGGAUGUAUUCGCAUUUGUUUUUUAAUAGUUUUUGUUCCGUCAUGGAGCGCUGUGCCACAGUGGGUUAUAGACGUAUACGGCUUUGAUACUCCGACACUUGCUAGUGGAUACAUUGAAUUGUUGGUCUUUCAUGAGAUGUGUUGAAAGCUAAGAAAAUAUAUUAAAUACCACCAGACUAUCCUUUUUAAAGGACCAUGUUCAACCCAUUUAGUAUAAAUCACGAGUACUUAACAUCACUGCUGAUUAUUUACAAAACCAUGUAGUUUUUAUAAUAUAUUUGUCUAUCCUAUGCAGCCACUGUUUACCAUUAAUUCUGGUAAAUCAUGCAGCACACUCUUGUAACUCGUUGUGUUCAUCAGUCAAAUCUCUUUUUCCAGUGAAAUGAUCAUGCGAUGCAAAGUUUUUGCAUCAAUCUGCACACAAAUUGCAUUAUUAUUGUAAAGAUUAUGCAAUAAAAAAUAAAAUGAAACUUAUAGUUGUAACAAUGAGUAGAUUAAUGGAUAAGUCCACUGACAGAAAAUCAAUGUGGAACUAUUUAAAUCAUCAAUUAUCUUUUUUGUCCAAGCUAAAAUAUUUUAAUAUUUGCUAAGUUUAAGAGUCUGCAAUGUGAUGUUUGUACUCUACUGGUAAAUUAAACCAGUGGAUAAGAAAACAUUUUAAUUACAAAUGUUUUGUUUGUCACACAUUUGGAAAUCGUCAGCAGAAAUAUAAAUUGUACAUAAUUUGUAGUUAAGGAGCUAAAACUUACAAGAACAUGAAGCCAUGUUGCAUUCAAAGACGGAGGUUUGGGUUGCGGUUUUCUAUCCUGCUGUUUUAAGCAGUGAAGAACCAACUUCAUAGCGUCAUGUAUUUAAACUUAACUGUCAAAUCCAUUAAAGAAAAAAAGCACAUUUUGGCACUAAACAGCUGGGAUUCCUGUUAAAGUUGAUGAGAUGUUAAAAGAAGCACUAUUACUAAAUAACUGUCAAAUAUAAGAAAGCUUGAGGGACAGCACACAAUCUUCCAAAGUUGUCUUCUCUACCUUUUAGAGAUUUGUGAUACUGAUUCUAUGCAGCCAUUAUUCUGUCAGCUGACCUUCAUCCUCCUUUUCCUCCUCCGUGUUUACCUUUUUAAUGUGCCACGGCAUUUAUUUUCAUCUUUUAUUUCAACUUCACGUGUUUAGUUUUUUAUUUGUAUUGUUCUUUGAGCACUAAGGAUGUGAAGGGAAAUAUAAGUGUUUGUCUUGUAUUUUUUUUAAAUACAAUAAUAAAUAAAAACAUUGGCUUCGUGGUAUCACAUGAAGUUAUUCUGUGGAAAUAUUAUUUAUGAUGUUUUUGGUUCAGCUGUUGCCACAUGUAUUGAUACAGAUGAGGUUAUGGACAUUAACUUCUAAGAGCAAUUAAUAUAUUUUGUAACAUGAUUGCAUUGACUUGUACUGACUACACUGUCAACAGCUGUGCAGUAAAGUAUAAAACGGAAGGAUGAAAAUAUUUGGUAAAAAAAAAUAAAGACCAUAUACUGUUUAAACUGCCAAUGUCAAGUUUAUUUUCAUUAAAAAAAUGUCAAUUGCU